CAAACCCAGAUCUGGGUUUUCUUUCUCAAACUUUAUCUUCUUCCUUUACCUGCUCAUCCUUCUUCUUUCUUCUUCUCAUUUUUUCUCUCUCUCUCUCUUCUCCCUUAUUCUUCCUCUCUGAAACUCAGAUCUGGGUUUGUUUGAAACCCAGAUUUAGGAAAAAAUUGCAUCUAUGACACACAAAAUGAGGACCUGGGGACUUUUCUCGACAUGCCCAGCAGCAAGCUUCACGGCCAUCCUCAAUCUCACAAAGCUCUAAUGGAUGGUGAUGGUAGACAUGUUGAAUCCAUUUGGCAUCUUCACAAUUUGCUGUGGGAAGCAAGGCGCAUUCAACAUCUAACUCAAAUAAACAUGCUUGACACUUAUUUGCCUGGUUUUACUCGAAGUGUUUAUGAAAGGGACCAUGCAAUAAUUACACCAAAGAGUCAUGUGUUCAGUCCUCUACCUGAAUGAUUUCGAUCGCGAGGACUUGUAAUUGCCUAUAUUCUCUAUUGCAACAGCGACAACGCGAUAUUGAAUUUAGAGAGUCUGCAAAUGAACAACGACAAAGAUUACUAUCAGAUAUAUCAAGACUAGAGGCAAAAGUUUAGAGGCUUGAGUCACAGUUGCAAACUAAAGAUAGAGAAAUAGC